AUUAGGUCUGCCGCAAGAGACUCCACGAAUCUGCACUGCGGUACCUUUCGGGUGUCCGCUCCGCUCCAAUCCCCUUUCCACGAACCAAAAUUUCCUUUGUCACUCAUGUCCUACAAAUCAUCUCUCGAUGUCCCCUCUAUUGAGACUCUACUGGGACUCCAAAAAGUGAUGGCUGAUGCCAGAAAUCCCCGACGACCGGUAGUUGGUAGUUGGCUAAUGCUUCCCGGCGCAAGUUUAGCACGUAUGGUAGCCCAAAUGGGAUAUGAUUUUGUUCUAGUGGACUGCGAACAUGGGAAUCUUGCAGAUGCAGAUAUGCAUGCGUCCGUUGGGGCUAUCGCUGCGCAAGGCGUCUCGCCAAUGGUCAGAAUUCCUGCACCCGAGAACUGGAUUGUCAAGCGAACUCUCGAUACCGGAGCUCAUGGGAUUCUGUGUCCCAUGAUGUCUACAUCGGAAGAAGCGCGAAAACUCGUGUCUUAUGCAAAAUUCCCCAUUCCAAAAUCUCAAAGCACACCAGAUACCACCUCCGGGAUCCGCGGUGUAGGCUCACCGUUUGCCCCAGCAGUAUUUGGUCAACGAAUGGAUGAUUAUAUUGCAAGUGCAAAUCGUAAUACUUUUAUCGCUGUCCAAAUCGAAACUGUUGAGGGGUUGGAGAAUUGUGAAGAAAUUGCAAGGGUUGAUGGGAUAGGUCUUUUUGUUGACAUUUUCUGCACCGUGGAGACAUUCCUAAUUUUUUGUGUAGAUAUGCUCUUUGUUGGUCCAAAUGAUUUAUGUUCCUCAAUGGGCUACCCUGCUUUAGAACAUGCCAGUAUUCCCGAGGUUCAAGACGCGGUUCAACGUAUCCUUUCCGCUGCAAAGGCAGCUGGAAAAUAUGCUGGCAUGUUCUGUACUUCAGCUGAACAAGUUGAAGCUAGAUACAAGCAAGGGUUCGAUUUCAUGAAUUUGGGUGCUGACGUGGUAGCUUUGGCCAUGUGGAACGCGGCUGAACUAGAAAAGUUGAAGAAUAUUCGCAUUCAAGUUUGAAUGCAUGUACACAGAACAAAUUGAUGUAUGUAGAGUACCGGAUAGUAAAUCAGAGUGG